AUGCUGGGGGCAUUGAAGGGUCACCUUGCCCCUGCAAUAAUUUCUUCGGAGGAUAAUGAUUCACAACAGAGUCUUAAGAUUAUUGAUGAGAGAACAGGGAGGGAGUAUAGGGUACCAAUAAAGCAUAAUACAAUAGAGGCAAAAAAAUUAGCGGAGAUAAAAACCCUCGAGGGUUUACCCCUUCGUUGUUAUGAUCCUGGAUUAAUGCAUACAUGUAUAGGUAGUAGUAAAAUAUGUUUUAUUGAUGGGGAUAAAGGUAUACUCAGACACCUGGAGGGUUUGAACUUUGUGGAGCCCAAGGAGGGUUUAGGUCUUGUAGAGAACUUCCUUUAUAUGGUGGAUAAGCAACAUCAUGACCCCGUCGUAGUCCGAGCAUUGUAG